CGUAAUAAACGCUGGUGGAUGGCAUGCAACCUACAGUGUAAUUUACCGAUUUGAACAGAACCUUGACUUAAUAUAUAUUUUUUUAUCAGAUAUGACUGCAAAAUCCCUUCACGAGUUAGUGCGCGAGGCGGCGCUCGCGCAUGGAGAUAAAACAGCUGUCGUGUUCGACAGCAGCAUUGCAGCGCGUGUGUCUUUUACGUAUGAUGAAGUAAUUUCCCUAGCAGAUGAAUUAACUGAACACCUGCGCGUCUCUCUCCAGAAACAUGAUAGCGUCAUGGGGUUAUUCUGUCAUACAGACGUUUUCCUCCCUGUCUGGAUUAUUGGUGUUCUGCAGUUUCCUGCUGCAUAUGUACCCCUUGAUCCUGCCUCACCACCAUCAUGUACCCUGAGAAUGAUGAACAAGUGCAGUCUGAACUUCUGCUUGAUACAGAGUGAUUUACUUCAUCAAUUCCAGAGUGCAUUUUCCAAACUGCUAUCCCUGGAGGUAUGUUCAACAUUGUCGUCGCAUAAACUUACUCUAAUAAAGAUACAAAGAGAACAGGAUGCACACAUUCAGCCCACAGAGAUUGAACAUCAGCAUUCCUACUCUGCUAUGACCAAAGACAGCCACCAGAGAGAGCCAUUGGCUUAUGUUUUGCACACAUCUGGAACAACAGGGCUUCCAAAGAUAGUGAACGUCCCACACAGGUGUAUUGUGCCUAACAUAAUUCAUCUAAGAUCUCUAUUUAAGAUGACUGCAGAAGAUACUGUGUUCCUUUCCUCUCCGUUAACAUUUGACCCGUCUGUAGUAGAGAUAUUUUUGGCCCUGUCUUCUGGAGCAUGUCUCCUCAUUGUUCCCUCUGCUGUUAAAAAGAUGCCACGCAGACUUGCACAUGUGCUGUUCAAACGAAACGCAACAACAGUCUUACAGGCAACUCCCACUCUUGUGAAGCGCUUUGGAAGGCGUGCCUUGCAGGAGGAAGUGUUUAGUGCAAAUUCAUCCCUAAGGUUGUUGGCUUUUGGAGGAGAGCCAUGUCCAUCUCUGACUCUUCUCAAGAGCUGGAGGCAGGAAGGCAAUAGCACACGCAUCUAUAAUCUUUAUGGCACCACAGAAGUUUCUUGCUGGGCAAGUUGGUACAAAGUCCCAGACAAACUCCUAUGCUCAGAUGACACAACUGAUGUAUCUGUGCCCCUUGGGGAGCCAUUGUUGGAUACUGUAAUCGAAGUGAGAAAUGAGACUGGGCAUUUUGUCACUGAUGGAGAAGGACAGGUGUUCAUUGGUGGUCAGGAGAGGGUGUGUCUGCUGGACGAAGAGGAAACUGUAGUCAGGGGAACGAUGCGUGCUACUGGUGACUGGGUGCAGGUGCGCGAUUCCCAUCUGUAUUUCCUGGGAAGAAAGGAUCGACUCGUCAAGCGCUUUGGUCAGCGGGUGCAUCUAGAUGCCCUGCAGCAGAUCAUAGAGAAUUUACCCCAGGUAGAGGCGUGUACAGUGAGUCUGAGUGAGGAUAGCAGGUUGGUGGCAUUUAUAGUGCUUGCAUCAGGUCAACCAAGAGCCCUUUCAUCCUCCUCCUCAGAAAUUCAUCGUGGAAAACCUUUUCAAGAUUCUACUGAGUCCUCUGAAGAGGUUGCUGAAGUAGAUGACCCAAGAGACUCCUCCUCUUCCUCCCUCAGAGUUAUUGAAGGAGAGAUUCGCCAUACAUUAUCUCAGUUUUUGGCCAGUCAUAGCAUUCCAGACACAAUCUUGUUCAUCUCCGCACUUCCACUCACCUCUCAUGGUAAAAUAGCCAUGGAUGAGUUGAUGAGGAUGUGUGAGACCCAAAGACAGAACACAGAUACACAAACUGUACAAAAAGACAUUGAUACCAUAAGACUGAAACUACAGACAUUAUGGAAGGAGUGUCUUGGCCUGGCUAAGGAUGUGGUGGUUGAGGAGGAUAAACACUUUAUGUUAAGUGGAGGAGACUCCCUUCAGGCCCUGCGCCUCUUUGAUGAGCUCACUGUUGCCAUGGGGACAACCUCAGUGGGCCUGCUAGAAGUCAUAUUAGAUGGCUCUUUCUCAGAUGUGCUAAGCCACAUCAUGACUGAAGCAGAUAACAAUGUAAUUCAGCCAUCAAAGAAAAGAUUGCUUGAAGAUUCUGCCUCUGUAGUUUCCCCAAAAAGACAUGUCCUAGAAAGCACAAUGGGUUUUGCAGUUCCCUUAGUGAAAAGGACUGCGGGAUUUGUAGUUGUGAGGCGAGCUGGAGAGGUUAUCGAUCUUCUUGGACGACAACAUAACGACCUCUCUGACAUAAUAACAGUGACAGAAACUUCUGAAGACAAUAAAGUGGAUUUAAUAUUUAAUGCUUCACGUGAACUUGGUGAGAUACCUCAGGAUAAUUCCAAUGUUAAAAAGGUCACUGAGCAGCAUGUCCCUCAAGAUGUUGGUGGUAGUCAAAUGACUGUAUCUUCUAGGGAAGAUUCUUCAGAUGCUCUACCUCUUGGCCUCCGAGUGCUCUGGAGCUCGGACACAGGCAGAUGUGUGGAUGCCUCUCCCGUGCUGCUGGUGGGCCCCGAGAGAACCACAGUGUUCAUUGGCUCUCACUCACAUAGACUGCAGGCUCUUGACCUGACCAAUGGAGAGGUCAUCUGGGAGCGUAUCCUAGGAGAUCGUCUGGAGUCUUCUGCUGCCAUUUCAAAAUGUGGAACCCUUGUGGUAGUAGGCUGCUAUGACAGACAUGUGUAUUUCCUGGAUGUUUCCUGUGGGGAGACUUUAUGGAUGUUCGAGACGGGGGAUGUGGUCAAAAGUUCUCCUACUGUAGAUCCUAAAACUGGACUUGUUUUAGCAGGGUCCCAUGAUGGCUAUAUUUAUGCAUUAAACCCACUGGCCAAGUGCUGUAUAUGGCAGCACUAUUGUGGUGGCGGAGCAGUGUUUUCAUCCCCGUGCAUCCACCUGUCUCGAAGACAGUUGUACUGUUGUACUCUCGGAGGGAAUCUCCACUGUCUUAAUCCAGACAGUGGAAAAGUCUUGUGGACAUACACCAGCAGUGUUCCUUUUUUCUCAUCUCCUUCCUGCUCUGAUACUUGUGUCUUCAUUUGUUCAGUCAAUGGAAAUGUUCUUGGAUUAAGCCAUUCUGGAGUUAAGUUAUGGGAUUUCUCUGCUAAAGGACCAAUCUUCUCGUCACCAUGCAUUUCUUGUUUGGCAUCUUUGAACAAUUAUCAACUGCUGUCUAAAACUUCUUGCAGCAACAUAUCAGUGUUACCAUCACCCAAUCAGACGGUCACAUGUGGGUCACAUGACAGCUAUGUUUACUGUUUAAAUGCUGUUAAUGGAUUGUUACUAUGGCAGUUCCAGACCACAGGCAAGGUUUUCUCUACUCCAUUUGUAUUUAAUGGCACCCUGUGGGGUUUCACAGUACUAGUUGCUGUGUGCUCUACAGAUGGGACAGUGUGGAUUUUAGAUGGAGAGACAGGUACACUGAAGGCUUCUAUGUCUUUGCCAGGGGAGCUUUUCUCCUCUCCUGUUGUAUGGGGACAUUCCUUAGUGGUUGGAUGUCGUAAUGAUUUUGUUUACUGUCUAGAACUGAGCAGACAAUGAUUAAUUAAAAUAACAAACCCAGGUGCAGUUGGGUAAAUACAUUUACAAAGCAUUCAGAAAGUAUUCAGACCCCUUUAUUUUUUUCACAUUUUAUGUUGCAGCCUUAUGCUAAAAUGCUUUAAAAAAAAUUUUCUUUUUUUUCACAUCAAUCUACACUCCAUAAUGGCAAAGCAAAAACCAGAUUUUUGAUAACUUGGCAGAUUUAUUAAAAAGAAAAAACUGAAAUAUCAUAUUGACAUAAGUAUACAGAGCCUUUGCUAUGACACUUGAAAUUUAGCUCUGGUGCAUCCCAUUUCUCUGGAUCAUCUUUGAGAUGAUUCUACACUUUGAUUGGAGUCCACCUGUGGCAAAUUCAAUUGAUUGGACAUGAUUUGGAAAGGCACACAACUGUCUAUAUAAGAUCCCACAGCUGAAAAUGCAUCAGAGCAAAAACCAAGCCAUGAGGUCAAAGGAACUGCCUUCAGAGCUCAGAGACAGGACUGUGUCGAGGCACAGAUCUGGGGAAGGCUACGAUUUUUUUUUUUUUUUUUUUUUGUCUGCAUUGAAGGUUCCCAAGACCACAGUGGCCUCAAUAAUUAUAAAUAAAUAGAAGUUUGGAACAACCAGGACCCUUUCUAGAGCUGGUUGCCUGGCCAAACUGAGCAAUCAGGGAAGAAGUGUCUUGGUAAGAGAGGUGACCAAGAACCUGAUGGUCACUCUGGGUGAGCUCCAGAGAUCGUGUGUGGAGACGGGAGAAACUUGGACAACCAUUACUGCAACACUCCACCGAUCUGGGCUUUAUGGCAGAGUAGCCAAACGGAAGCCUCUCCUCAGUGCAAGACACGUGAAAGUCCACUUGGAAUUUGCAAAAAAAGCACCUAAAGGACUCUCGGACUGUGAGAAACAAGAUUCUCUGGUCUGAUGAAACGAAGGUUGAAAUGUUUGGCCUCAAUUCCAAACGUCAUGUCUGCAGGAAACCAGGCAAUGCACAUCACCUGCGCAAUACCAUCUCAACGAUGAAGCAUUGUGGUGGUAGCAUCAUGCUCUGGGGGUGUUUUUCAGUGGCAGGGACUGGUCAUGGUUGAAGGAAAGCUGAAUGCAGCAAAAUACAGAGAUAUCCUUAAUGAAAACCUGGUCCAGAGCGCUCAGGACCUCAGUCUGGGACGAAGGUUCACCUUCUAACAGGACAAUGACCUAUAGCACGCAGCAAGACAAUGCAAGAGUGGCUUAGGGACAACACAGUGAAUGUCCUUGAGUGGCCCAGCCAGAGUACGGACUUGAACCCAAUUGAACAUCUCUGGAGAGAACUGAAAAUGACUGUCCACCCACGGUCCCCAUCCAACCUGACAGAGCUUGAGAGGAUCUGCAGGGAAGAAUGGCAGAAAAUCCCCAAAUCCAGGUGUGCAAAGCUUGUCGCCUCAUACCCAAAAAGACUUGAGGCUGUAAUCGCUGCCAAAUGUGUUUCAACUAAGUAGAGUUAAGGGUCUGAAUACUUAUGUCAAUGUGAUAUUUCAGUUUUUUUCUUUUUUAAUAAAUUUGCAAAGUAAUCAAAGAUCUGUUUUUUGCUUUCAUUAUGGGGUAUGGAGUGUAGAUUGUGAACUUUUUUUUAUAGCAUUUUAGCAUAAGGCUGCAACGUAACAAAAUGUGAAAAAAAAAUUAAGAGGUCUGAAUACUUUAGGAA